GGGCGGUGGGGCGAAGAUGGCGGCUGAGCUGCAUUCGCGCAGCGGUAAGCUAAUCGGUCUCUCAAACUCAAAUCGGACUGCCCAACGGAACCAGCCGAUCCAGGAGUUUAACCAUGGGCUAGUGUUGAGCCGGGAGCCACUGCGGGACCGAGAUGUCUUUACGGUUCGAAUUGACAAGAAGGUAAACUCAUGGAGUGGUUCAAUAGAGAUCGGGGUGACAGCACUGGACCCAGCUACACUGGAUUUCCCAAGCAGCGCCACAGGACUAAAAGGGGGCUCCUGGAUUGUUUCAGGAUACUCUGUCCUCCUUGAUGGUCGAUCAAUUUUGGAGGAAUACGGCAGGGACUUGGACCAGCUGGGCGAAGGGGACCUAGUUGGGAUUCAGCGAGACACACAAGGCAACCUGCAUCUCUGGGUUAAUGGAGAAGACUGUGGUGUAGCUGCCACUGGACUUCCCCCACGACUCUGGGCAGUCAUAGACUUAUAUGGAAAGUGCACACAAAUCACAGUUGUAUCUUCUGAACCACCUCCUUCAGACCAAGAAACUAGCGAGGACAGUGAAGAGCAGGCAGAAGCAGCAGCUCCUGUAUCUCAGGAAGUUUCAGCUUUGCCUCGAAGCCAAAGUCGGCCUGACAAGUUUCCAAACAGCCUUGGUACAGAGAAUGGUUUUGGUGAACAGGACCUCUCUGAUUUUGUGAACAGUGCCAUUUUGUCUGCAUAUAGCAACAGUGUCAGUGAACCCAUGGAUGUACCCAGAUGUUCUCAGGGAAACAGCCCUCCAGAAGGUUUGGGUGCUUCACUUACAGUAGCACCCAAUCUAGGUAGCAUCUCCCCAAUAGGUGGGGUUAUGACAAACGAUGCCCUGCUUUUUCAUGAGAAAUGUGGCACACUCAUUAAGCUGAGCAACAACAACAAAACAGCUGAGAGACGAAGACCCCUUGAUGAGUUCAACAACGGUGUAGUGAUGACAAACCGACCACUGCGAGACAAUGAAAUGUUUGAGAUUCGUAUUGAUAAGCUUGUUGAUAAGUGGUCCGGCUCAAUUGAAAUUGGAGUUACAACCCACAACCCAAAUAAUCUGGAUUAUCCUGCUACAAUGACUAACCUUCGAUCAGGUACCAUCAUGAUGAGUGGCAGUGGCAUUCUUACCAAUGGGAAGGGAACACGCCGGGAGUACUGUGAGUUUAGCCUGGAUGAGCUGCAGGAGGGAGAUCACAUUGGACUAAUGAGGAAAUCAAAUGGAGCACUGCAUUUCUACAUUAAUGGCAUUGACCAAGGUGUUGCUGCCACGCAGACUCCCACCGUAGUAUAUGGGGUUGUUGAUUUAUAUGGCAUGGCUGUCAAGGUUACCAUUGUCCACAAUCACAAUCAUAGUGACCGUCUGAGACGAAACAAUGCAAUAAUGAGGGCGUUAUCCCCUGAUGUGGGUCGGAACCGUACUGCACUCCAUCUGUCUACUGAUUCUGAUGUCCCUGAACGGCUCCUCUUCCAUUCCAACUGUGGACAAAAGGCAGCCAUCAUCAAUGAUGGGAAGACUGCCUUGCGACCUCAUGCCACAGAUGAUUUCAACCAUGGCGUGGUUCUCAGUAGCCGCCCUUUACGAAGUAAUGAGGUCUUCCAGGUACGCAUUGACAAGAUGGUGGACAAAUGGGCUGGCUCAAUUGAGAUUGGUGUCACCACACACAAUCCAGCCUAUCUACAACUGCCUUCUACCAUGACAAAUCUCCGCUCUGGAACCUGGAUGAUGACAGGCAAUGGAGUUAUGCACAAUGGGACCACGAUUCUGGAUGAAUAUGGACAUAAUCUUGACCGUUUAAAGGCCGGUGAUACUGUUGGUGUGGUUAGGAAAGAUGAUGGUAGCCUACACUUUUUUGUAAAUGGUGUGGCGCAGGGCCCAGCAGCAUGGAAUGUUCCUCCAAAUGUCUAUGCAGUAGUGGAUCUUUAUGGACAAGCAGCACAAGCCACCAUCAUGGAUGACUUGGCUGAUCUGCCUCCAUUACCUGAUGAUGUCUCAGAGGGCAAUAAUCAACUUUCGCCUGUUAGCCCUUGUUCCGUAAUGUCAGCCACUGACCUUCGUUUCCAUCACCUGCAUGGCAACAAUGCAGUCAUCACUAAUGGUGGACGUACGGCCCUGAGACAGAAUUGCCGAAGUGAAUUUAAUGAUGCCAUUGUCAUUUCAAACAGGUGUCUGCGGGAUGGAGAGCUAUUUGAAAUAGUUAUUCAGAAAAUGGUGGAUCGCUGGUCAGGAUCCAUUGAAGCAGGGGUGACUGCAAUUCGCCCAGAAGACCUAGAGUUUCCCAACACAAUGACUGAUAUUGACUAUGAUACCUGGAUGCUCAGUGGCACUGCUAUCAUGCAGGAUGGAAAUACAAUGAGAAAUAACUAUGGGUGUGACUUGGACUCUUUGACAACUGGUUCACGGAUUGGAAUGAUGCGAUCAGCCUCAGGAGACCUUCACUACUACAUCAAUGGUGUCGACCAAGGAGUGGCCUGUUCUGGGCUACCACCAGGUAAAGAGGUGUUUGCAGUGAUUGAUCUCUAUGGUCAGUGUGUCCAGGUGUCCAUCACUAGCUCCUCGGGCCCAUUAGACAACAGCUUGUCUACCAGCAACAACACUGAGAAGAGCUUUCCAAUCCAGUCACCAGUACCCGGAGUAGCGCAUCGUUUUCAUAGCAAGCAUGGCAAGAACAUACUGGUGCAGAAUGAUGGUUGCCAGGCCAUUAGAGCUGGAGACUUUUCUCAUGGCAUUGUUUUCAGCAUGAAGGAGUUAAAAUCAGAUGAGCUUUUUGAAGUGAAAAUUGACCAGGUGGAUGACCAGUGGUCUGGGUCACUCCACAUUGGUCUUACUACAUUGCAGCCUUCUGACAUUCCUUGCAUUGCUACUGGGCUCUCUGCCUCUCUGCUUGAACUGAGGUCAAAGGUUACCUGGCUAGUCACGGGUUCGGAGGUUAGACGGAAUGGUAUUCUACAAAAACAGAACUAUGGGUGCUCUCUUGAUCGUCUUGGGGUUGGGAAUCGUGUUGGGGUGAAACGAUGCAGUGAUGACACAAUGCACAUCCUCAUUGACGGAGAAGAUAUGGGACCAGCUGCCACCGCAGUUGCCAAGAAUGUCUACGCCGUUCUGGACCUGUAUGGUAAAAUCACAUCCAUAUCUAUUGUGAGCUCAACUGUUUUGGAGGAAACAGAAAGCACCAAAGCACCUUCUUUGUCAUCUGACAGCUGCAGUGAAGAAGAGGAGGAGGAACCAACCCCAUGUGAGAUGGAGUCCUCCUUGGCAGUAAAGACUAUGGAAUUUCUGGAGAACCAUGGAAAAAAUAUCCUCCUCUCCAAUCAAAACUUCACAGCCACCCGUGUCUCCAGUUAUAAUCAGGGUCUUUUAGUCACAUCUCAGCCUCUUCCUCGACAGCACCUUUUCCAGGUGCAAAUUGACCGUCUCAAUCCAACCUGGACUUCUUCUUUGUCUCUUGGAGUAAUUGGGAAUUGUCCUGAGAGGUUUAAUUUUCCUUCUACUGCUUGCUGUCUUAAGCGUUCCACCUGGCUGGUACAGCGGGAUUCGGUUUUUCAUAAUUCUCUCAAGAUCUGUGAAAAUUAUGGGCCCAAUCUUGACACAUGCCCAGAAGGAACAUUGCUGGGGAUAUUGGUGGAUGGAAAUAACUGUUUGCACCUCUAUGUCAAUGGUAUUGACCAAGGCCUGGCUGCACAAGACAUUCCUAAUCCAUGCUUCCCUUUAGUGGACCUUUAUGGCCAAUGUGAGCAGGUUACAAUAAUUACAAAUCAUGUGCAGGCUGUGGGAGCAGAACCUGUUGAUAUACGUUGCCAGGCAGACAUGGAGAAAGCAGACAUGGUGGAUGGCAUCAAGGAAAGUGUGUGCUGGACUCCACCUCCAGAGGUGAACCCAAUGAAAACUUGUGAAUACCAAGCCCUGUGCACACGUUUCAAAGACCUUCUCACCCUUCCAGAUGGAUACUUCAAUGAAGAUGCCAAACUGAACCUCUGCUACUGUGAAUCUUGCCAUAAACUGCGUGGAGAUGAGGCUUACUAUAAACGUGGUGAACCACCACGUGAUUAUGCUCUGCCUUUUGGCUGGUGUCGAUUUGCUUUGAGGAUCAAUCCACGGAGCGACAUGGCCAACACCUUUAAAAAAUGGCAUAUUGCCUAUCAUGGCUGCUCUGUGGGAACACUGAGGACAACUCUAGAUCAGUGUGAACUUGUCUCAGGUAGCUUGUCAGUUUUCUCUGUAGCACCAACCAAAGUAGAUGUCCAAAAUGAGUAUACAGAGACAGAGGAAAAUAGCGCUCCUGAGAGAGAAGCUGUUAAAGUGAAGCUGUCUCCAACCAUGCGCUAUUCAGGCUUGGAAGCCUUUGCCCCAAAAGUGCAGUUUAGAGACCCUCGCUCACACCGCUGUCAUCAGGCUCAAGUGGCAUUCCAAGUGUGUGUUCGUCCUGGUUCUUAUAAGGUUGGAGCUCAAAGCCUUGGUAUAGUGGAAGCAUUGGACCCUCGUUUCAGCAACAGUGAAAUUGAGUGGAUUACUAAGGAAAAAGGUGGCACUCUCCUGUAUGGACUUCUUAUCCGAGUUGAGUGAUGAAUACAAAUGCGACCUGUCCCACUUUGAGAGCAUUUGAAAUUGUUGUUCUUUAAUGGCACUUCUCAUGUAGACUAAAAUAUGGAAGUUAACCAAGCUGUUCACCUAAGUUGUUAGAGCACAACUUGGCACAUCUUUGGAGAAAUGGAUGGAGGAAGCAAAUCAGAAUCCUUGGCUAAAUGCAAAAGCUUUGGGAAGUUGACCAAAUUUUUUUUUUUGUGUGGAAAGGACAUGAGGCUGGCACAGAACACCUUGAAGGUGACCUGAUAUGGACAAGAUAAUUAAUAUUGAGAUUUUCACACCUGCUUAGCAGAUCCUUAAAUUCUUAAGAGUUGAGGCAGCAAAAAUAUUUUUUUAUUUUGUGUUACAAUGUGAAAUGUAGUAUGGCAGAAAUCUACACCAGAUUUACAUCUGUUUUUAAUUGGUCUUCUGAAUAGACCAGUUGGUCUGAUUUCUCUCAGACAUACCAGGUAUGUUUUUUAAAUAGUUACAAGAAGAAUCCAAAGCACUUUAUAAUGGCAUUUCUGGAGCCCAACAUCCAUAGCCUGCUUAAGACUGCUACGAAAUGUAAACUGGGAAAAAUUACUCCCCGGAGGAUUUAUAGAUGUCCUCAGGUUCGUAUGCAGCUAUCACUUCUAGAAAAUCUUUUUUCCCUGUAAUCAACAUCAAUGUCUAGGUAAAGCAGAGAGAAUAAAAUCAAGCCAUCUAGGUGUUACAGCUACUGCUGCCAUCAAACUGGCAACCACAUUUUUUUUUUUCCUUUAAUUAAAACUUUUUAUUGGGACAUCAGUGACUAACAAUCAAAACUACUUUCUCUUCACUGGAACAUUUUUUAUAUGUACUUUUUUCCCUUUAAAAUCAAACCGUGUAUAUAUAGAUAUGCUACCCCAGCUUCACAGAUAUUAUUACUGCAGUUUAACCAGUUCACUUACAUUCAGGAUACUCUGUUACCUGCACUGUUUACACUACAAACUGACUUUUGUUCUUUGGGAUUACUUCAUACUGGAAAUUUAAAAAAAAAAAAAAAAAAAAAAACAUCAAUGAGCAUGAUCAGUCCAACCAAAUGGUGACUACAAAACUUGAAAUGAAGGAGCACAAUUGCAAAAGCUGAACCUGUUGUCUGAAUCUUCUUGGUGACGAUCUUUUCAGUUUUCUUUGUUCUCAUUGUUUUGUCCAGUGUUCACUUCCCUGAAGUACCUCAUUUUCUUGAGGUUGCCUUUCUGCUCAUGUGAGGCAUAGUGAUGUUAAAGGAUUGUUGAACCACUGUCACACACAUUGCUUUUUUGGGUUUGUUGAAUACCAAUGUUACAGAAGUUCUGAAGGCGUUUUGUGCCUAAUGAAGAGUUUGCAGAAGGUUUCAUACAUACUUAAUGUUGCAUGAUUCCGGUAGAAAGCAGGGUCGUGAACCUCGUAUCCCCAUCAUGUCCAAGAAUGAUGAGAGAACAUUCUUAGUUAUAGAAUGUUUAUUAAGUCCACAUCUGAGUGAUAUGCUUGAAAUAUUUGCAAACAGCUGGGUGACUGAUUGUUUACCUGUUAGGCCUGUGAAUCUUUAACAAAAUCCUAGUUAUCAGGAAUUCAUUUUAAAACACACCUUGUUCCAGCAUUGAGGGUUCUUCACAGAUUUGCAGGUGAUGCCACUUCUGAAGAUUGCCCUUUCUCAAAUUGAAUAUUAGGAGUUUACACACCAAUGUAAGCAUUUUGCAGUAAAAUCUUCCUAUGCUGUUGUAAAAGUGCACUCUCCUAACAAUUACUAAAAUUCCUCCUAUCUGGUAAAUACUUUGUUGGACAUGCCCUCUUAUUUACUGGUGUGUGAAAUUCUAAAGCCUUACCUGCUACAUGUAAAGCUGUUUGUUUAGACCACUAGAAUAAGGGGGGUACCAAGUAGAUUUCUUGAGUCAAAAAAUUUGAACUGGCCAGAUUAGAAUUAAAAAGUAAAAUCUAGUGGUAAAGGUAUAAAGAUUUUGGAUUUUACUUUACAGAUGACACCAUUAUAUUUUGACACUAGUGGUGUACUUUCAUAAUAUGCGUAUAUAUUUGCAUGAAUGACAGCAAAGCUUCCUUUAUGUGUUGCUGCAUUGCAGAUAGCACAUCUAACAUUUGUCUUUACAUCUAUAACUACAGUUCAUUUAUUUGUGGGGAAAAUAUGCAAGAUUUUUCUGUUAGUAGCCAGAUUUAAUUAUACAAUAUGCAACGUCAAUUGCAUUUCCCCCCCCCCCCCCCCCCAUACAGCUCCCAUAUAAUUUGUCAUCUUUAUGUGCUGAAUGGGGGACCCAGCACCAGUUGCCAUUCAUUGUGUAGUUAUUUUUAUAAAUGUAGGAGGCCUGCUGUGUUCUUUGGCAGUGAUCAGGUAGGCUCCUUAAUUUCUCCUUUUGUCUACUUAGAAUACUACAGACUAUUACAAUGCACUGAAAUAUGUCUUUUUUUUUUGUUUGUUUUUAUUACCAAACGUUGAAGGAGUUUCUAGAAAAUAAACUUUAAUCUUUGUAUGGCUUUUAUACAGCACACAGUCCAUAUGUCAUCCCUGGCAGCUUCAGACUCGCUGUGCUAUAUGAAAUCCAUCGUUGCCUUUUGAAUGAUGGAGUCCAUUUUCUUUGAGGCUUCUAGAUAAAGGUGUUUGCCAAUCAAUGUCAUUUAUUUAUUCAAAGAAGAAAAGACUUGUUUAAAGAAAAUAUAAUUAAAACAUGUGAAUAUUUGAGCUCUUCAGCCCUGAAGAUGCAAUUUUGUUUUACUUAUUUAUUUUUUCCAUAUAUUUUGUUGUACAGACUGUUACAUAUAUCAUAUCUUCCUAAUUUGUACAGAACAAAAAAUAAUGCACAUUGUAUGAAACAAA